UUUCAGGAGGAAUUGUAGAGAAGACUCAGAAGACUAGGUCUUUGUCCCACAAUCAGCCAGAGUGGAGUUUGCCACCACCUUCAGAAGAUAUCCUGGGUCAGGAAACUUGGAGAGAAACUCCUAUGGAAAUGAGAACUGAUGAUAGAAAGCAUCAUGAUCUGGUAGUUGAUGGAGCUAGAGAAAGAAGUGUUUCUUCGUAUCGGCAGAACUUGUUGCAAAUUCCAGAUGAGGAACCCCCUUUGUCAUCACCAGCACCUUUACCAGCUGUCCAUGUAGUCCCUGCAAGCCAAUUGGAACAGUUUACCACGCCUGACACAAGUGUUACAGAUGAAAUGAAAGACAGGGGUUCAACGUGGCAGAUUAACGUAGAUCAUAGUUUAUCCUCAAGUGACUCGAAACUAGAAAAUUGCUCUUUCCAGCGAUUGGAUCAGGAUGGACAGAUCUUGCAGGAGAACAGAAGAAUUCCUUGGGGCUCUGAUUUUUCACCACCAGCACAUGCUGUGCAUGAAACCUCUGCAAGCCAAUACCAGCAGGCAGCAGCAUUAGAGGCAGAUGAAGAUGCAGAUGAAGAGGACAAUGGUGGUUCAGCAUCCCAGACUAAUACCAUUCCACGUUUGUAUUCAGUCGACUCAAGGACUUCAAGCUCUGAAUCAAGGCCACUUACCCCUGAAGGAGCAAAUAGCUCUGUGAGCAGUAUUACAGGUGUGGCUGGUCAAGAAAUUGAUGUGGUUGGAGAAACUGGUCUAUCUGAAGUUGAUAAUGCAACUGAGAACAGUGAUUACUUUUCGCAAAACCUAUGGGAAAGGUCUUCAGAGCUUGAAGCAUACCAGUUUGAGCUCGAGUGUUAUAGACAGCAGUGUGCUCAGCAACAAGGAACCAUUGAUGGGUUGCAAAGAAUCGUGGACAGCAGCAUUUAUCUGGAAGAAGAAAGUCAGCUAUUGAUGAGAAGGACCCAAGAGUUAUGUGAUGCGCAAGAUCAAGAGAUUGAGCGACUCACACAGUUGUGUGACCAGAAAGACCAGGAUAAUGAAAGACUGACACAGUUGUGUGACCAGAAAGACCAGGAUAACGAAAGAAUGGCCAGGGAAAUUGAACAACUAAGAAGGGAACCUAUGCAGGAAAUGGAAAGACAAAGGGGAGGGCAUAUACAGGAAAUCGAAAGACUUAGCGGAGAACAUAGGCAGGAAAUUGAAAGACUUAGAGGGGAGUAUAUACAGAGGAUCAAUCAAGUGGACCAAAGAAGAGAAUGUACGCAGACCCAAAUGACGAAUCUGAGAAAGGAAAGUCAAGAACUUUCUGAGGAACUGCAACAGACCGUUGAAGAGGUCCGACAGUCACACAAACGUGAACUUGAACUUAAAGCGGAACGUGAGUGUAUGAGGCGUGAUAGUGAAACAUUGUUAGAUCAGAGGAUGACAGAACUUGCACAAGCUUUUAACAACGCGGAGACAGAUGAAGUAAAAAGAAUGAAACUGGAAGUUGCAAAAGAAAAACGGAAAAGAAGAGAAGUAGAGGAUUGUAGCCUGUUUAAGGCAAUGGUGAACGAAUUGAUGUUGAGGAGAGCCGAACUUGUGGAAAGUUCUUACAGUGCCGCAUGUGCGGAUACUGUGCAGGAAGAUUUUGGUUCAAGCAGCACUGAAUUGACUGAAGUAGAAGAUGGCGAGGAGAGUGAUGACGGUGACGAAGUAUUCGAGGACGCGCUGGAUCAUUUGUAAUUGGUGUAAAUCUGGAGAGAAAGUUUAAUACCACGAACUCUAUUGUGUAACUCUACGUCGUUUGUACUUUGAAUCGUAUUUGAAAUCAGUGACAUAGCAUUUACCAUUUGUCAGGUCAUGAUCAUGUGCUGUAGAAAGUAUCUAAAGCUAGAGCAACUUCUUGUGCAUACACGCGCUUUUUAAGAUUGUUUAGUGAAUAUUUUUAGACUUGCUGUUGAAAAGUGUUGGAUAUCUAUUUUAGGUGUCAUGUAGAAUAAUUGGUAGUGUUCAACGAGUAUUUUUCAAAUGAAACAGUUAGCCUUUUCCUAUAUAAAGCUGAAAAAGGAAAAGGAAAGUAGUGUUAGCACCAUUGUUCCAAAAGUUUUCGUGCGAGAAGCAGUCAUUUCUUCAUUUGGGUUCUACUAAAGGUUGCGAAAGGUUUUCUUUGUUUUUGUUUUGUAGCUAUCCCUUGGUCACAAUCUCUUUGAGCUGGAAUAUGUAUUUUUUAUGUUGCUUACAUCAAUAUUUAUAUACUGAGGUUUCAUGAAAGCUUUAACGUUCCGAAUGGACAGUCUUCCGAAACACUUUUCCUAGAUGUUUUUACUAAGUUAUUCUAUGAAUUAAUUUUAUUACACUACGUGUACGACUUAAUUGUCAAAUUUAUUCCAUGAAUUCAUCUUAUUACACUGAGUGUAUGACUUAAUUAUCAAAAGCGCUCACAAGUUACAUUUCAAUUUAGCUCUAAAUUGUUACCGAAAAGCUGAAGUUUUCAGUGCGUUUUCCUUGGCCUUGGAGCAGACUGUUGGGCAGUGGUCGACGGAAAAAAGUUGUUAAACAUUAAAUAUUUAAAUUUGUUUUAACGGAUCGGUUUAUAUCUGAUUAUUAUCUAUCGCCGGAGACGGUUAAAAUGUGUAUAGGUAAUCGCAUGGGGCCGAGUAAAAUUAAGGAUUAAUAUCGCGCGUGUUUUCGGAAGUUGCUCAAA